AUGGCUGGUAAUCCGCCUGGCCGGCUGUGGGAACGCAGCGGCGCCGUGGAAACUCAGAGGACAUUGUCCUCGGCCAAGGCAGCAGAACUGGCCCUGGGCCCAGUGUGGGGCGAGGAGGGUGCAGCUGAUGCCAACACCUUCCGCCUCGGGACAGGGGUUUCCGGAGAGGACCCAGACCCUGUGAGGGUAACUGGGACCCUAGGGGGGUCUGUCACUCUGCCCCUGCAGCUACAGGCUGGAGAGCCGGUGGAGAGCAUCUCUUGGAUAUCCCGUUCCGUCUCCAUGGCCAUAGCCAUUGUAACCUUGGCAGAAGCAGGAGGGCCAGACACCUUUUAUGAGGCAGAGACCCGGUACCGGGGUCGUGUGAGUGUGGUGGGCCCAGGCCACUCCCUGCAGUUCAGCAACCUAAGCUGGAAGGAUGCGGGGCCCUACCGAGCCCACAUGAACCUGAGGAGCUCCCGCAUCACCCGCACCCGGGAGUACCAACUGCAAGUCUAUGAGCAGCUGGCCCGGCCCCGUGUCACACUGAGCUCCAGGAUCGGUGAGAGUGGACACCGUAUCUUCAUCCUGACGUGUGAGGCCGGAAGCAGAGGAGGCUCUGUGACCCACAGCUGGCUACCUCUGGGACCCCGGACUGUUGUGUCCCGUGGAGGAUCUGUCCUCAGUGUCUCCUCAAGGCUCGGGGACAGGGCUCUGAACUUCACCUGCGUGGUCAAGAACCCAGUCAGUAACAGCAGCUCCCUCCCUGUCUCCGUGCCAGCUCGAACUUUCCUUUCUUGCACAGAGAAGCUGCAGGAGCCCAAUAUCACUGUCAGCUCCUGGAUCACGAAGGAUGGGGCCUGUUACAUCACCCUGAUCUGCUCCCUGCGACAGGCCAGAGAGGAUGUUCAGUACAGAUGGGCACCCCUCGGCCAGGGGGCAGUUAUGUCCCAUGGGGGAACCACUCUUCGUGUCUCCUGGAGACCCGGGGUCAGCGACAGCUAUCGCUGCACGGCCAGCAACCUGGUCAGCCAGAGCUUCAGCUCCAUACCCAUCAGGCCCCUCUGCUCAGCCUCCUUCUUACCCUGCUCCUUGAAGAAAGAAUUUCUUCUUUUUUUGAUCCUGGGAGCUUUGCAGAUUGAAUAG